GUUUGGACUAUGAAUAUGUGUUGUUUGGUAGUAUGUUCCGAACUUUUUCAAACCGAACUGAACUAUAAUGUUAAACCGAAUGGUAUCAUUUUUAAAAACUGAACAAACCGAAAAAACUUUUUUCAAGUCCUAGCCUCUCUUAUUUCCACCCCUACUGUCAGAAACUUCGAAAGUUUUUUUUUUUUUCCAUUUUUUUUCUAGGUGCUUUUAGUUUAAAGUGAGAUUGAAAACCCAGAUUCAUUAGAGCUACAAAUCAGUAUUAUUUUGUUAUCUCCCUGGCUUCCCGGUGGGUCUCAGGGUUUGAAAUAAUUGAAGUGUGUCGCUUGUGGAGUAGUGCUAGUCACAAUGGAAAAGGAGAAAAUUGAGGAAUUGAAGGUUCAAGCUCAAAAAUGGCUGCGUGAAGCUGAGGUGUUGGUCAAUCAGAUACCUCCUACUCAACUUUAUGCGGCAAUUGGAGUUGUGUUAAUCACCGCUUUUUUGUUCUUCAUCACUUGGUUGUUCAAGCGCACAACAUCUAAUACCGUUGUACUCACUGGGCUUAGUGGGAGUGGAAAAACUAUUUUAUUUUACCAGCUUAAAGAUGGAUCAUCACAUCAGGGCACUGUGACCUCAAUGGAACCCAAUGAAGGCACUUUUAUACUACACUCUGAGACAACCAAGAAGGGCAAAAUAAAACCUGUUCAUGUUGUUGAUGUGCCGGGUCAUUCUCGCCUUCGGCCAAAACUUGAGGAAUUCUUGCCUCAAGCAGCUGCAAUUGUCUUUGUUGUGGAUGCUGUAGAAUUUUUACCCAACUGCCGUGCUGCUUCAGAGUACCUUUAUGAUAUUUUGACCAAGGUGACUGUGGUCAAGAAGAAGAUUCCAGUACUACUACUCUGCAACAAAGUGGAUAAAGUUACUGCACAUACAAAGGAGUUCAUAAAAAAGCAGCUUGAAAAGGAAAUUGACAAGCUUCGUGCUUCAAGAACUGCUGUAUCCGACGCAGAUAUCUCAGACGAAAUUACACUAGGGACACCUGGAGAAGCGUUCUCGUUUUCACAGUGCGAAAACCAGGUAGUAGUUGGAGAAGCUUCCGGUUUGACAGGAGAAAUCUCUCAGCUAGAGCAGUUUAUUAGGGAGAACGUGAAGCCUUAAACUGGUGGAGCAAGUUGAGCCACCCUUUCUGAUAUGAAGAUGAACCAAGAGAGUAUAUGGAGAUGCUGAUGUAUUACAAGUUUUGUUGAUGAGAUAAUUGGAAAUUUGCGGUGAUUUUGAACAGACUUUGGUUUUUCUUGAUGCCUUCUCUCAUUGUUGUUACUUCCCAAGUAAAUCAAGACAUCCUUGAUCAACCCUAACCAAAUUGGUCAAAUAGACGAUCAGAUUAUUAAUUUGGUAAUCACAAUGUUACAAUUGGUCUUAUUUGCUUCACCCUUAAUAGUAGUGGUCUAUGGGUCUUAUUUGCUUGA